AUCUGCUACUUUGAUUGAAAUGCAGGUUUACGUCUCGAGUUAUUUAUCGAACAAAGUCAGUACGUUGCUAACCUGGCGACCGAAGCUGGAGCGAGGGUGCUUAUCCACAAACGGGGAUCAAUGCCCUUUCCCGAAGACGAUGGAAUCUCUGUCAUGCCAGGGCGGUCCACAUCAGUAGGCAUGCGACAGAUUCGGAUCUCCCGCCUGCCCCCUAAUCAUGGCGUGUGUAGCUCAGAAGGCAAAAUAGAGGACUUCUACGUAAAACAUUUCAAUACGGAGUACAGCAAACUGUCAUGUUCCAAGUCGUGCUACCAGAUGAUCAUCAUGGAGUUUUGUGCAUGCGCAGUGCCCUUCUACUUUGUGCCCCAGAACGUUACGAUUUGUAACAUGACUGACACUGUGACAGGUGAGAAAGUAGUUGUGUUUUUUGGCACUCUAUGAAAUCUUUGGUUUAUUACCUGCAUGUAUAAGACUUUCGUCUGCGCUGUUGAUUUCUGACCAAACAAAUUACCUCGUCCUUUUUACGUCUGCAUGCUAUGAAUCUGCAUUUUAACCCGAGAAACAGAAUUUAGGAAGCGGUCUG